UGAAAAGUGUAUUUCCCAGGAAUCCAAAUCUCACUGACUUGCUCAUUCCUCAUCGGUUUUCCUCAUCGCUAACAAAAGUUCAACGUUGAUUUAACAUUACUACCUGCUAGCGGCAGUCUUUUCUGCUUCAGACAAUCACUUGGAGACAUCAGAUCUUUCGACUUCGCUUCAAAACGUCUUCCACUUACCCCGAUUAACGCGAUGGCUUCGGGCGCUCUGAUCAAUACAUACCUGUCUCUCUCCCUCUUGUGCGGUCUCUUGAAUAUCCCACCGACAAUAUUACAUAUAUCACAAGGUCAUUCAGGUCCAGCAUCUUUCGGUCUCUGGGCAACUACUUUGAACAUCCUAGCUUUUACCAACGGUGUGAUAUGGAGGAAUGAUGCUUUGGAUAGGGCGCCCGUGUUGUGUGACAUUUCCUCCAAGAUAAGCGAAGUGGGCCCCCUGGGCUUGUUGAUUGCCAACUGUUGUAUUAUUCGGUACCUUGCUUUGAUCUUGACCCCCAAUCGCACAAUAGAAGAGCCCCAGCAGAAGCGGCGCAGAAUUUUGCUUGACUACUGCCUCUCUUUGGGCUUCCCGAGCCUAAUUGCCGCCGUAUCAGUCAUCUAUCAAGUUGGCCGGUACCAAAUCAACAACCUUGCUGGUUGCUCCAGUGCAUCCGCCCUCGUAUGGCCCACAUUUAUACUAUCCAUUGUCUGGCCUUUGGUAUUUUGUGGUAUCUCCUGCUGCUACUCUUUAUACGUUCUCUACUGUCUCAUACAGCGGCACCGCGAUAUCAAGAAGCUUGUCAACUGUACGGGAAGCACAUUGAACGUGUCUCGUUUCGCUCGAAUGGGAGCUUUAUCAGUCACUUACUUUUGCGUAGCCACGCCUUGUGCUGUUUACGGUACUUUGGAAACCAUUGCCGCCACCGGCCCAUACGUACCCUGGGUAUCUUGGUCAACAGUCCACAAUGAGGACAACAAGCUUUCGAUGGUUCGCCAGUACCCUCUUUAUCAAUACCAGCUGCGCGAUUGGUUACCAAUCGUCGCAGGGUUGAUGGUCAUUUGUUUUUUUUCGUGUGGUUCAGAAUCAGUAUCGAUGUACUCCAAAGUAGGACUUGCCUGUCUCGAUCGCUUAGAUGCAGUUAAAGAAAAAAUUUUCGCGACAAGGUCCCCGCGGAGAAAUCAUGAGCCGAGGAGUGUAUUUUCCGAUGUGAUGACAUCUUCGAGCGCGGAAAAGUUGCACACUAGAAAGUUGAUUAACUCAGGGCUAUUCCCCAGUACGACUGCCCCUCAAACAAGCUUACGCCCUUUCCAGAUUCAUGUUUCUGUUGUCGAAAACUCCGUGCCAGCGGAAUAUUGAACCACAACCUUCCGAUUUCAUAGCUUUUACUGGAAAGUUUCUUUCUGUACAAUUUGUUAUAUUUGUACUAUCAAUUUUCCUGAAAUUAUAGUUGCUGGUAUCGAGAGUGACAAAAUUGAGAGGAAACACUGUAUAUUCAUUCCUAUAAGAUGUCGUUUUACUCUUCACCAUGAAAGAUGAUUGUUGUGGCUAGAAUUCAAACAAGCAGGGUUUGGCCACCCCUGGGCUGGCCCGCUAGGGCCAUCCAUCUUAG